UCUUUCACAUCUCUCAGUCCUUCACAAGAGGAAGUUUAGAUGGUAGAGAGGAGAGGUGUGUGGGGGGAUGGACAGGCUACAAGUCACUAGAGUUGAGAAACUGUUAGUGAUCGACACGUUGAGAUGGAACGGACCUGUCUUCUACUCUUGCUGUUGAGUACACUGGUAUACUGUAGCCUUGGACAAGGUGGAGCCUCUCUGAGUGUCAGUCCUGACAGAUCUCAGUUCUUUGAAUUUGAGUCUGUCUCUCUGAGCUGUGAGGUUCAGGGGAACUCUGCUGGAUGGAGAGUGGUGAGGAACACAUCGAGAGGAAUCCUUUCAGAGUGUAAUACUGACUGGGGAAAACAACGGGGGUCUUCAUGCAACGUGUCACUAAUAACAUCGCACAGUGGAGUGUACUGGUGUGAGUCUGGGUCUGUAGAACACAGCCAUGCUGUCAACAUCACAGUACAUGCUGGUGCUGUGAUCCUGGAGAGCCCUGCCCUUCCUGUGACUGAGGGAGAUUCUGUGACUCUGCGCUGCAGACAUCAGGUAACUCCCUCUAACCUCACAGCUGUUUUCUACAAAGAUGGAUCCUUCAUCAGGGCUGAGACUCCAGGAGAGAUGACCAUCCCUGCAGUAUCCAAGUCAGAUGAAGGACUCUACAAGUGUAACAACUCCAGCUCUAAAGGAGAAUCACCAGAGAGCUGGAUGACUGUGACAGCUACCACCCCCCGCCCACCCACCCCAUCCUCCUCUCCUCCCAAAGCCCUCCCCAACUCCCCCCCCCCCACUCUCCUCCUCUCUCUGUCUGUCUCUGGGUUGGUGGCUGCUCUCUCCAUCUCUCUGAUCAUUCUACUGGUCCUGUUCUGCAAGAGGAACAAAGAUGGAGCAGCUGAACCCAGAGAUGUUACGUAUGCUGACGUUAGAAUCAUACAGGAACCAGAACCCAGGAGAAGGAGAGAGAAGUCUCCAGGAGCUGAUCCAGUCUACUCUGCAGUGAAGACCUCCAACACCACAGUUCCAGGUGGAUCCGGUCCAGGUGAUGUGACCUAUGCUGACAUCAACCACACUGAUAAGAGACAACACAACAGGAGGAGAGAGAAGGUCGUUCCAGACCCUGUCUACUCAGCAGUGAAGACAGACAGAGAUACAGGUCAAAAGGUCGUUCCAGACCCUGUCUACUCAGCGGUGAAGACAGAUAGACAGAGAUACAGGUAGAGCUGUAUCUGGAUCCUGGGACUGAACGUACAGACUGAGGUAGGUCCAGAUCACUGUAUCACUAACACUAAUGUACAGACUGAGGUAGGUCCAGAUCACUGUAUCACUAACCCUAAUGUACAGACUGAGGUAGGUCCAGAUCACUGUAUCACUAACCCUAAUGUACAGACUGAGGUAGGUCCAGAUCACUGUAUCACUAACCCUAAUGUACAGGCUGAGGUAGGUCCAGAUCACUGUAUCACUAACCCUAAUGUACAGACUGAGGUAGGUCCAGAUCACUGUAUCACUAACCCUAAUGUACAGACUGAGGUAGGUCCAGAUCACUGUAUCACUAACCCUAAUGUACAGACUGAGGUAGGUCCAGAUCACUGUGUCACUAACCCUAAUGUACAGACUGAGGUAGGUCCAGAUCACUGAAUCACUAACCCUAAUGUACAGACU